UGAUGUUUAGUUUGAAGGGGGACCUGUGGUGUAAUAGAAGAUUCUAAUCACUGCCUGUAAUUACAGAGGAGACCAAGCCACUAAUGAUGGAGCAGGAUAAAUCAGCAACCACCCUGCUGAAAGGGUCUCCGAGGCUGAAAUCUUAUCAAAUAGCAAAGUCCCGCCGUCUGGAGGGUCUCUGGGUGCUUGAGGAUGGGGGCUGGGAGCCCUCCAAAAAUCACGAGUUUCCAAAAUGUUUUUCUGUCAUUGGGUUAAAAUUGGAAAUUGCCUCAAUUGGCAAAAAGGAAAGAAAAGUUGUCUUUAAAUGGUCUAGAUCCCGUCUCGAUGAGAGCAAAGAUAUCUGUCAUUGAAGUUUUAUGAAACAAGUCCAGCCUGGUCCCUGCGCAGUAUGAAGAGGCCUGGGGGUUGCUGAGGCAGGCACCCCCGUUACAGAUAGAUGAUGGAGUUUGAGGGGUGGGAGUGCUGUGGCCUCCAGAGAAGUGUGGGGCCUUAGGCCUGCCAGAUCCCACCUUCCUGAAACUUGGAGAAAUAACUAAGAUUAAGGGGACCGAUUGGAGAAAUGAAAGACCCUCCACGUCCCUUUUUUUGUCUUUUUGAGAUGGGUUUGCUAUAUGAUCCAGGCUGGUCUCAAACGCCUGGAGAUCCUUCUGCCUCAGCCUCCUGGGUGCUGGGAUUCCACUUGGUUAGGUGUCCUUUCUAAGUCUCCAGAAGAGAGAGCCUCCCAAGUAGACUGCAGGCACUCCUUGCAGCGCUGCACCCAUCAGUCCUUAGUAGAGAGCUAGAAAAGAACCUUCCCAGGCCCCUGGGGAGCCAGCCAGGGUCUGUGGAAGGACCGUUUCUGAACCCCUGGUCCUCCUGCAAGUGAUCCUGAAAAGAAAUCGCCCCAGGGGCGGGGAUUUAGCUCAGUGGUUUCGCUGCCUCCUGCACAAGCACAAGGACCUGAGUUCGAUCCCAGCAUCCCAGCCGGCGCUCCAACUGCCCCGUUGAGAAGGAAGAUGAGCGAGUCAAGCUCGAAGUCCAGCCAGCCCCUGGCCUCCAAGCAGGAGAAGGACGGCACUGAGAAGCGAGGCCGGGGCAGGCCACGCAAACAGCCACCAGUGAGUCCGGUGAGUCCUGGGACAGCGCUGGUCGGGAGUCAGAAGGAGCCCAGUGAAGUGCCAACGCCUAAGAGACCGAGGGGCCGACCGAAGGGGAGCAAAAACAAGGGUGCUGCCAAGAUCCGGAAAACUACCACGGCUCCAGGGAGGAAACCACGGGGCAGACCCAAAAAACUGGCAGGGACACGGCGGACAGAGGGACUUCCCUGGUCGAGGCGGGACAAGACAGGCGAAGGCCAAGGGGCAUCACAUGCCAGCAGAGGACCAGGGACACUCACCGCUUUCUCUUCUGGACAUACAUUACCUGGAACAGAAACGGCACUGUGGAAGCUGCCCCAGAUGAUGUCACCUUGCUCUGGUCCCCACCCGGAGCUCCACCCAGGUCCUCCCCUGCUGGCCUGGGCUGACAGGCGGCGGGGGAGAGGGUCAGCCUCAGGGACAGAAGCGGAGAUCACCCUGGGGCGGCUGCACGGACCUGGCCAGGGCCCUGACCCGGGUUCGCCAGGAUCUCUGGCAGAGGCAAGGCCCACCGAACAAGGUCAGAAAAGACCAAACUGUUUUUAUGUAACUGAAUGGAUUCCUGAACAAGAUCAAGAAGAAGUACGGCAUGCAGAAAUACCUAGCUCCCAACAACGUGCAACUUAAAAUACUUAGCAACAUUAAAAACAGACCCAUUAAAAAGUACACAGAGUGGACGGAGGGGUUGAAGGGAAGGGAGGGCAAGGGGGAAA